UCGUUUCUUCACGUGGAUUUUAGCUUGAAGAUCAGCCUGUAGACCUAGGUUUUGAAAUUCAUCUCAGUAGCUUGACAAGUUUUAAUUUUAACAGGUCUGAUUCUAGAUUCUAUACUAAAAGAAUGUCACAAAAAGGAAGAUUCGACUCCAAAGAUAGACGGGGUGGAGGAAAAGACUCUGGACCAAAGUAUGGUGGUGGUGGCCCAAGAGACAAAGACAGUUACAGAGGAAGAGGUGGUGGUGUUGGGGGUGGUAGCUUCCGUAAUUCACUUAAGGGUUCUCAGCCCGGUGAGAGAUUAAGAAAGCCCAAGUGGGAUGUUUCAACACUUCCAAAGUUUGAAAAGAAUUUCUAUAAAGAACAUGUUUCUGUUACUAACAGAUCUCCAUUGGAAAUUCAACAGUUCCAUAGGGAAAAACAAAUAACUAUUGCUGGAAAAGAUGUUCCAAAUCCUAUUUUCACAUUUGAAGAGGGCAAUUUUCCAGACUAUGUUAUGAACCAGAUACGGAGAAAUAGUUGGCAAGCUCCCACUUCUAUUCAAAGCCAGGCUUGGCCAAUUGCCCUCUCUGGGAGAAAUUUGGUUGGAAUCGCUCAAACAGGUUCAGGCAAGACAUUAGGGUUCAUGCUGCCAGCUAUUGUUCAUGUUAAUCAUCAACCAUAUCUAGAACAUGGAGAUGGGCCAAUAGUUUUGGUUUUGGUGCCUACAAGAGAACUUGCCCAACAAGUUAUAGAGGUGUCAAAUGAAUUUGGCAGAUCAUCACAAAUUCGUUCAGCUUGUGUAUAUGGUGGGGCUCCCAAAGGACCCCAACUCCGUGAUCUAGAGAGAGGGGCUGAAAUUUGUAUUGCUACCCCUGGAAGAUUGAUUGACUUUUUGGAGGCUGGCAAAACUAAUCUAAGGCGUACAACCUAUCUUGUUUUGGACGAAGCUGAUAGGAUGUUAGAUAUGGGUUUUGAACCUCAGAUCAGAAAAAUUCUGGAACAAAUUAGGCCUGAUAGACAAACUUUGAUGUGGAGUGCCACGUGGCCCAAGGAAGUUCGCCGGCUUGCAGAGGAAUUUUUGAACGACUACAUCCAGGUGAACAUUGGUGCCCUGCAACUCACAGCUAAUCACAAUAUUCUACAGAUUAUUGAUGUUUGCAUGGAUCAUGAAAAAGAAGAGAAGCUUGUCAAACUGUUAAAUGAAAUAAUGCAAGAGAAAGAGAACAAAACCCUUAUUUUUGUCGAAACGAAAAGGAAAGCAGAUGAUAUUUCACGCAGGAUGAAAAGAGAUGGGUGGCCAGUGAUUAGUAUACAUGGAGACAAAUCUCAACAAGAAAGAGACUGGGCAUUAAAUGAUUUUAGGAAUGGUAGAAAUCCAAUUUUAAUAGCAACAGAUGUCGCAUCUCGAGGUUUAGAUGUUGAAGACAUUAAGUUUGUAAUCAAUUUUGAUUAUCCAAACUGUUCAGAGGAUUAUGUACAUAGGAUAGGGCGCACUGGGCGAUCUACAAAUACUGGCACAGCAUAUACAUUCUUCACUCCUAACAACUCAAAGCAAGCUACUGACCUUGUCAAUGUUUUACGUGAAGCCAAACAAGUCAUUAGUCCUAAACUUUUACAGCUUGAAGAAAGUGCUAGAGGUAUGCAUGGAGGUCGAGGAGGACGGUGGAGAGGUCAAGAUAGUGGUCGUGGUGGAGGUAGAGGAGGUGCUGGUGGUAGAUUUAAUUCUGGAAACAGAUUUUCAGGUUCCAGUAAUUUCAGCGGUGGCUUCAAAUCUCAAAACAACUACACCAGUGGUAGUGGUGGUUUUAAAGCACAAAACAGCUACAGCGGCAGUAUGAAUGGCUAUAGUGCUAGUACUGGUGCCCAAAGCAUGGGACAGAAACCAUUUCAAAAUGGAAACUCUGCAGGAUUUAAAAGUCAAUGGAGUCUAGCUGGAUCCACAAUGGGUGGUGUUACUGCAGCCUCAUUGUCUGCUGUUCCCCCUCCUCUAGGACAACCUCCUGCAUCUAAAUUUUGAUAGUGAUGUUAAUAGGUGUUAAAAAUACUCGUUUUGGUGACAGACCUUCCAAUCAUGUUGGUUUUAGACAAGUAUACCAAAGUUCUGGUUACCUAGUAAAUCAUCCCGGUUUUGAGCCUUAGGCUUUUUGCAGAUGUUUCAGCAGGCAUCAGUUUUGUAUUAGCUCAAAUUAAAGCUGAUACAUUUUUGUUACAAUCAUGGUUGGCAGGUCUGACAUUUCUGUUGUGUUCUUUUUUUAUAGUAAUUUUUUAGUUUAAAGUAAUUUGAUAGAUUCAAAAACGUAAUUCACCCAGUAUUCUCAAGAUUUCUUUCAAAGUACUGUUUAUUUUUAAUAUUGCUGUUUUUCUACUAGUGGUCUUUGUAGUUUAUUCUAGUUAAACAUUUUUUUUAUUGUUAAAACAUACCUUUUGAAGGUUGCUAAAUCAAUUAUUAUUACCAUGCUUUUUUUUUUGUAUUAUUUAUUUAUCCUGAUUAGGGGAUCAAAAUAAACAUUGCCAUCCGACAAAUCAUGUGAUUUAUAAUCACUUCUAUGUUGUAUAAAAAAAAAUUAAACUUAAAUCUUUUUGGAAA